CAGAGAGAAAGAGAGAGAGAGAGAGAAUGGAGGGGGAAGCGAAGAGGAACGAGAUCCAGAACCUUCUCGAAGCCAUCAAAGCAUCCGAUAUCUCUGAAAGCUUAUUGGGUUCGUGUUGCGCCACCCUGGAGACGUGCCGACGGGGUGGACAGUGGUCGUUGUAUCGCUAGGAGUGAUUGCCGGAGCCUCGUACGUGGAGGGGCAAUCUUGCUUCUAGGACAGUGCAUUCGCACGCCUCGACUCACAGGUUUUGGAGACUCGAGUUUCACUUAUCACCCAACUUGAAGAUUCAUUUCAAUAUGCAACGGUUGAUAUGGUCAUUUUAGCCGAAUAUCUUGUUAUAUUUUGGGACGAUUCCACAUGUUCUGGUACGUCACACUGCAUGUUACACAACAAAAUUCUUCAAAUUGCUGCAAAAUGCUUUGAAUCAGAUUUGUCCAUUUCACUUAAUCAAUUUCUAAUUCUUGGAACAAAGGCAAGCUUGUGGUGUGUAAAGCAUCUCCAAGAAACAGUUGGAUCAGAUGACGAAUCUGAAGAUGAAAAUCAUCCAUAUCUACUUUCUCAGAUUAUUUUUGAUGCCUUGCGUUUUUCUUCAACUCUUAUUUCUGUUUUGACAAGCUCUCUUGUUUUAAAGAAGGAUGAGAUGAUGCUUAUAAUUCAAAACUUCAUCUCGGAGUCAUUAAAACUGACAAGGGCUUCAAUAAUGGAGUCUAAGAAAAUUCAUCCAGUUGCUUCUGAAGUUCUUAAGGUGGCACAACUUGUUCUGGAUUCGGCAAUAAAGUUGUGCAGAGCUUAUUCUCAGGUCACCCAAUUAGAUCACCAGAGUAUGGACAAAAAAAGAACUAAUGAUGACAAAGACAUGGAUCUUGCUGCUCAUGUCAUUAAAAUUACAUCAUGCACCAUUGAAAAUUUGUAUGAUUUGGGAAUCUUUGCUGCAUCUGGAGGAGGAAGCUGGGUGACACUACUUAAUUUAUCAUGGAAAGGUCUUGUUUCCUUGUUGCAGCUUGUUAAAGGAGUGUUAACAGAAGUAAAUGUGGCAGGUAUCAUAUCAACCCUAGUUUCACUGGCUGUUGAAUCCCUGCGAUCUGCUUCUAAAGCAUGGUCUACCACAUUGCAAGAACCUCUAACUAUUUCUGAAGCCAAAAGGACAUUUCUCCCAAUAAAGUUUUUUCUGAUAAAUGCUGUAAGGAUUUCUUCAGAGUACCCAUCGCAAGCCAUGAAUAUAUACAGGGAAAUUGCUCGGUGUGCAUUGAUAAUCUCAUCUUUAGUCAUCGAAUUCAGCAAGGAAACCCAACUAAGAAGUGCUAGUGAGGCACUCGUAGAACUCCUAGAGCCUUCAUCACUUCUUUUUCUGUACACACUGCUAAAUUCAUCUGAAGGAAAUCCUGAGUCCAUUUUCCAGAUUUUGGAAUGGUCAUUUAAAAAUGAAGAAUCUGACUCAGCUCAUGUGGAAGAAAAUAAUGCUUUAGAGAAAGGUCCUAUAGAUAGUAUUUUCAGUUUGGAUUCCAAUGCUAUCUCAAAAACUGGAGGUCUUUUGCCUGGUCGGUUUCUUCUUUUUCUUAAUCUUCUCAAGAACUCUCAAGUUCUAAAAGAAGAAGUCAUAUUCGGCUUAUCCAGAAAGCUAGAAUUUCUUUUUACUAUUCUGACCGACGAGUAUGUUUAUUCAUGCGUUCUAGGACUGCAAAUACCUGCUUUGUGCUCCUCUGGGCCAACUCCUGAAAUUGCUUGGCAACUCAUUUAUACUUUUCUCAUACAAGCCCUAAAAACUUUCAUGAUAAUUGCAGCUUCUUUUCAUGAUGCUUUGAUUGAGGUGGAGACCUCCUUACUCCAAAAUCUUUUCCACCCCCAUUUUCUCCCUACAGAGAUUAUAACAGAACUAUGGUGCUUCUUCAUUCGUCAUGCGGAAAUGGGUACAGUGAAUCACUUUGUUGAGAAAUUGCUUUUAGUGUUGAACAUUGUAGCUUCAUCAGAACAGGCUCUUACACCCCUUAGUGCUCUGAGGAAGAUCGCACACCUAUUAUGUACUAUUCUUAAUUAUGCCCCUCCUGCCACUGUAGACCAUGUUUACGCUUCCAUUCUAAGUGACAAUAAAUCUCAUGCGUCUUCUAUCACAUACUUCGCUUUAUUAAAGGAGGGAUUUCCAUUUGAUUCAUUAUCUGGUAAAGUAAAGAUGCUUGCAAUUAGAAAGCUUCUCACUGCAUUUAAUGAUUUUUUGGAGAACUACUCUGAGGACUCCGGUUCAAAUGGUUUUCCAGGAUCUUUCGAUUCUUGUUUAAUUGGGCUUCCUGUGCAUUAUCUAGCUUCCGCAUUGAAUUAUUGCCAUUUAAAGGAUUCUGAUAUUGUUGAUGACAAGAGCAUCUAUAGGAUCUUCAAAUUCACACAUUGUCUCAUUCAUUGCUACAAAUCUUCGACCGAUAGCAUGAAGGACCAGCUCGCAAAAAUUCUCUCUUCAACACUAGAUAUCAUCUCAAACAUGAAGCAUCUUUACAAUUCUAAUGAAAUGGAGAAUCUAAUAUUGGAUUUGCAUGCCCUUUUUGUGAAAGACUCUCCCAAUUCAAACUCUUUGUUGCAUCAAUGCAAACCUUCUCUAGCUUCUUUUAUGGCCGGCCUCAGCCAUGUGGAAAUUACUGAAAGCGAAGGUGACAUGCUUUGUUCUGCAAUAUGGGACUUGUACCAUUUGUUACUAAGAGAAAGGCACUGGGCUCUUAUUCAUUUAGCAAUUAAUUCUUUUGGGUAUUUUGCGGCCCGCACUUCUUGCACCCAACUUUGGCGAUUUGUUCCUGAUGAUGCUGCUCUCUCUUAUGAUAUGGACAUGGGAAUGAACUCAGAUGAGAAUAGAUUUAUGUCUGAAUUAAGAGUAUUUCUUGAAAAGGAAGUUGCUUUGAAUGAUUUAAAUUUAUCCAGAGAGCAACUGGAUUUUCUAAUUAAGGAAGGGGCGGAGCUGAAGAGACUAGUAAAGCAAAUCAAUACCAUCUCGCAGAUUACUGGAACUGAAAAGAUGGAAAUUUGUGAGGAGUCUAAUCUGAAGAAGAAAAAGAGGAAGGUUCCAGAUGGAAUUUGUGAAGGAGUGGUGCUGUUGCAGAGUGGUCUAAAGGUUAUGCGCAAUGCUCUUGUUCAAGCUGAGCCUUCUGAACUGCAGAAUGAAUUCUCUAGCCAAAUUUCAAGCCUUGAGGAUCUGAUUUCUCACAUAGUGAGCUUAUCUGGCAAUGUCAGUUGAUGAGUUUCACUUGGAAAAAAUAAAGCUUACAGCAUGUUUAGGAGUAUAUAAUUGUCUUAAAAGUCGGAAACAAGGUUUUUUGGUGAAAACAAGGUGAGCUGUUAAUUUCUUGCAUUGUUCUCAGUCCCUGAAACUGAACUAAUCUCAUUUAAGGAUUGAAAGAGGAUGGUCCUUUAUGAAAUUGUCCUAAUUGUCGAUGAAGUUUAUACAGUUUGAAAGAUCUUGAGGUUUUCGUAAGGAUGUACCGUGUAAAAUAUCUCUAUAUUAUUCGCAAAUGGUCCUUUAUAGUUGUAAAGAGUAGCGAAUCGACGAUUAUGCUCAAGUUGAAUGGCUGAUCUGGUACAUGUUGCAGCUACACAAUUUGAAUUCAAGAUCAUUUUAUAAUUUGUUA